AAUUUGCAUAAAAAAGGAUAAACAAAAUCACUACAAGGGAUUCAACGCUUCCUCAAUUUCCCUUUCCUUCUUCCAAGAUUUCGUUAAAUUGUAUGUGAACAGCUUACAGCUAAGCAGAAUAAUGCUCAGAAGCAUACAAUUUCUUGGUUCCUCUUCAGGGUUCUUGUUUCACCGAUUAAAACUUCAUGGAAGUCAAUCUGGGCUCUCUUUUAUUUCGAUUUCUGCGCCACCGUCUUCAAGAACACCGCUGAUAAUAACAUCAAGCACGGGUCGUUGUUUUCGACAAUUUCGAGCAUCUUCAAUUCGUUCCGAGUCAAACCUAGAUGGAACCUCGCCUUCUUCAUCUUCAACCUCAUCUCCCACUUUUAGAUCAACUGGCAGUACUCGUAAGAUCAAUUUCUGUCAAUUGUGUGGUGGCCCAACAAAGCAUGAAAUACCCUAUGGGGAGGAGAAAGAAAGAGCUAUUUGCACCCUUUGUGGAAGAAUUGCAUACGAGAAUCCGAAAAUGGUUGUAGGUUGCUUAAUUGAGCACGAUAACAAAAUCUUGCUAUGCAAGCGGAAAAUCCAACCAUCUUAUGGUCUUUGGUACGUAUUUCUUAUGAAUGUGAACAUGUAUAAUGCUUGA